GUGAUGGCAGUGUUUUGUUUACCUUAAUGGCGGCGGCGAGGGUGAAGGGAACUGUGCAGCAACCUUCCCCAGCCAUGGAUAUCCCCGUGACGCAGCUGCCCCCGGGUGACCCAAGGCUGGUGGAAGCAAUAGUGAGCCAGCUGAAGUCCAAGGGAAUAUUUGACCAGUUCAGAAAGGAGUGUUUGGCGGACGUGGACACCAAGCCGGCCUUCCAAAACUUGCGGCAGCGAGUGGAGGGACAUGUAAACAAAUUUCUAGAGAAGAUAGUCUGGAAGAAUGACAUCAAUAAGAACCAGCUACGAGAUGGUGUGCGGAAACAUGUCAACAGCUUGGGCAUUUUGGAUUCUGGUAUUGAUGCCAUCAUCACUCAAGUUGUCAACCCCAAGAUCAAACCACUCAUUCUUCCUUAUGUUGAAGACACAGUGUACGCCUUCCUUCAGAUUGACAAACCUAAGAGAGAGCGACAAGACUCAGUCACAAAUGUCCCAGAGGACUCUCCUGCUUUGCUGGUCAACACAGCCCCAGAAAUCAAGCCUAGCCUUCUGCCCAUGGAAACUGAUGUGAUUUCUUCAGAAGAGGAUGAUAUCUUAGCUCGGGAAUCCCCUGAGAGUGAACACAAAUCCUCCCCAAACUCACAUGGGGAUUUCAUGGAGCCUGAUAAUGAAAAUGCUCAAGAUGGCUUUGAAACUUUCCCAUCAGCUGAUGAUGAAAAUAACACAGACACUGUUACCUCUCAUGUACAGAAGCUUUCACUGUCAGACAAUGCAGAAGAGAACAAAUCUGGGCCAGUUGCUAAGCCUCCAUUACCACUGUUUGAUGAUCAGUCUCUUGAUAGCAUCUCAUCUAAUUCUUCUGGUCUUACUUUUUCAACCCUGUCUGGAAAAGGUUCACCUGGAAGCAGGAAGUCCCUUGAUCUUACAGAAAAAGAUGACAGUGCUAAAUUACAAGAGCCAAGAUCUGCUACAUCAACUCCAUUGGUUGAUGAGAAACCAAUGGAUGAUGAAGUGUCUCAGUCUUCUAUGGAUUCUGAACCACUGAAAGAGUUUCCUGUCUCAGCUUCAGAACCAAAGUCCGUGGAAUCUCACUCUCCCAGCCUCGAUGCUCCUGCCAUGUCUACCCCAUCACAUUCCAGCAUUGGAGCAGAGAAAGAUGAUCAGACUGUCGUGUCAGGUGCAAGCCUUAUUAGUCAAGAUGAUGAUUCACAAGGAAGCAGAGGGUCAACUUCAAAAAAUAGUGUUUCAUCUUAUAAAUCUGAAUCAGAAGAGAAAGCCAAGUCUGAAAAAUCUGAAGGAGAAUUAUCAACCUCGAGUUCAGAGAUGAGUGACACAGAUAACAAAGGGAAGUCAGAACAACCACAUAGUGAAGGAAAACACUAUUCAGACAGUUCUCAGAAAUCAAGCAAACACAAGAGUGAACACAGGAGUAAAUCAGACUCGCAUAAAGAGCGUGAGAAGGAUAAGGAUAGAGAUUCAAAGCAUGGGAAAGAUAAAGAGAAGAAGCAUUCCAAGUCCAGGGAUGAUCACCACUCCCAUCGAGACAAGGACAAGAAGCACCACAGGAGGGACAGAGAUCAUGAUGGGGACAAGGAGCGGUCUCGAAGCCAUCACCACCAGUCGUCAUCCAGCUCCAGCAAAGACAGUUCAAGCUCAGGGAAGACCUCCAGUGAGAAGGACAAGGACCGUUCAAGCCAUCAUUCAGGAGACAAGUCUUCUGAGGGCAAGAGCAGGCGUGAAAAUGUUGGUGAAAAGGAGAGCAAGUCAAGCAGCCCUGUGGAAGCCAAAUCAGAAGGUAAUAGUAGUGAUACCAGUGUUGCAUCCAAUAAGCAUGAUGGUGAUAAGAUUGAUGGAAAGCCUAGCAGCAAAUCAGAAGGCAAGAGUGAAAAGGGUGAAGUCAGAUCCAGCAGCAAAAGUGAGAAGAGCAGCAAACACAGCAGCAGCAGCAGUAGCAAGUCAGAGAGUAAAACAGAGAAACAUCACAGCAAAUCAAGUUCUAAAUCAGACAGUAAAUCCGGUAAGGCAAGUAGUGACAAGACAGACAAAAAACAUGAUGCCCACUCCAGCAAGCAUUCAUCUAAGCACAAAAAACAUGAAGGUGAAAGGAGUCACUCUGAUAAGGAUAAACAUAGGAGUAGCAGCAAAGAUGACAAGAAAAAGAAAGAUGAGAAGGACAUAAAAGAAAAAGAUAAAUUAUUUCAACCAGAUCUGCUUUCAAGAGUUAAAGAAGACAAAGAAUCUAAACCUGAGAGGGAAGUAAAGGAAAAGAAACUUGACAAAGAAGGUAAGAAAGAUACUGAGACAAAAGAGGAGACCCGUCACAAGGAAGACCACAAAAGUAGCAAGGAAGAUAAGGAUAAGGUUGAUAAGGAAGAUAAAAAGAAAAUUGACAAGGAAGAGAAACACAAAUUGAAAGAUGGAAAAGUCACUUCAAAAGAAGAGAAGAAACAGAAGAGUGUGAAAUCAGAGGAAAGUAAUGACAAGAAAUUAAAAAGUCCAAAGGAAACCGUUGCUAAGAAUAAUAUAUCUUCCUCAAAGGAUUCUGAUACUAAGGAUGAUGCACUUGUACUACUUAAUGAUGACAAGAAUAUCAUGGUACUCAGCUAUGAUGAUGAUGAUGAUGAAGAUGAUGGCAAACCACUGCUGACGAAGAAAAAGAAACCAUCUCAGAAAAAGCUGGCUUGUAAGAGUGAUGACGAAGAGCUGCUGCCAAAGACGAAGAGGGAGAAAAGGGUUCUGAGAAAGGGAGGCAGUGUUAGUGAAGACGAGUCACUUCUGAAGACAAAAAAAGAAAAGGAGGUAGUUACAGAAAAGCAGACUCAUAAUAGUGAUGAUGGUAAUGAUGAACCAAUACGCAAGACCAGGAAAGGUAGAAGAGCACUUAACAGGGUGAACUAUGAUGAAAAAAGUGAUAGUGCCAAUGAUGAUAAUAAUAAUGAUGAUGACAAUGAUGAUGAGCCACCUGCUAAGACCAAGAACAACCAAAAAGUAUUGAAAAAGAUCAGCUUUGAAGACAACAACAAUGAUGACAAUAGUGAUGAUGACAACAAUGAUGACGAUGAUGAUGAUAAUGAUGAUAAACUGGUUCUUAAGGGAAAGAGAGGGAGGAAGUCAACUAAAAAGCAGCUCAGAAGUAUGAAGAAAGCCAAGAAGAUUGAGAAAAAGAAGCUAGGGGUGAAAAGUACAAAGAAAAAUAAUGAAAAAGAUACAGAGCCUGACUUUGAAGGAUUCGACAAUGUGGAACAGGAUACAAGACUUUUUGAUUUCCUCUCAAGGACACAGCGAGUUCCUGAUGAAAUGGACGUGGAGUACAGUGAGUGGUUUGAUGACAGUGACUUGCGCAUCAUGGUUAGUGAAAGUGACAUACAGGAAAGGAUGAACUUCAGUGAGUUUCUGUCAUGUAUGCAUAAACUUGGAGCCAUUGUGAGAGAGUCUAGUGUAGAUACAGAGCAGGAGGGUGAGUCAGUCAGUAAAGACUUUGAGCUUCCCAAGACUGAGGACGUCAUUGAGAAAAAAACCAGUGCACCUUUACAAGGAAAGCGUAGAAGAAUGUCGACAUCGAGCUCAACGUCUUCGAGUGCAAGUUCCUCCGGGUCUCCCAAACACAAGAAGGCAAGAACUGGUCACCAGCUGAUAGAGCAAGAUCCAGUGAUUGUCAGUGGAUUUGCCCUCCUCACUCCUGAAGAUGAUGGUAAUAGGACAUCAAGUAGAGAUUAUGAAGUUGAUUAUAGCCAAAGGAUCACCACAUAUAGUCCCCUGUCCCCUGCAAGUGAUUCUUCAGCAGAUGAUGGAAAAGCAAAAUUGGCAGAUCCAAGUCCCAGAGAUGUGAGACCAGUACCAGCAGUUGACAGUAACCAGGAUAUUAAAAAUGAUGAAAUAUUCAAGCCAGUCAGCACAUGGAAUAAUGAAGAAAGAAAUCUUUCUGUGUAGUGUGGGUGUAACUGUCUCAUAAGACUUACUUGUGGUAUAUUGUUGCAGAUUGUGCAAAACAUAUAAACCAUAAGGCCAUUAGCCUUAUGAUACAUUUUAGAGGUGCAAAAUACUUUAAAAUUGCAACAUUGUUGCAUUUGUAUAUUUGUAAGUUUAUGGACAGAAGAUCCCUCACUGAAAGCCCAGUGAAUCAUGGAAUGACUCUCUGGAAAUACUAUUUUUAAUUUAUUUAUUGUAAUAAAAUACUUCGUGCAUCUGCUGAUAGUAAUUUGAAUGUAAUGCAAUAGUCUUUGUAAAAAUUGGAAGUUAAAAAGAAAAGUUCAUACAAUAUACAACCCAUAACAGUGGCCAGCUGUGAUUUUGCUGCUCCUCUACUUACCCUAUUAGUAUUACUACUUGAUAUAUGGGCUUAUUGGGAAUUGACUAAACAAAAUGUUGAGAAAUUGAAUGUUCUGUUUUAAAUCUCUGUACUCAGAAUGGAACUCAGGUUUUUUCCUAUCUCAUUUACCAUCAUAAUGGUACAUUUAUUUAUUCUUGCCAAAGUUCUGAUGACAAAUUUUUUCAGUUGAAUAUAGCAACAAAUAACGGCAUUUUCUGAGUUUGGUGUUAUGCUGUGUCUGUCUAAUCUUAGAGGUAUCACUGUUAAGUUUUCUUCAAUCAAGGCAACAUUCUGGAGCAUGCAAUAUAUAUAUAUAUAUAUAUAUAUAUAUAUAUAUAUAUAUAUAUAUAUAUAUAUAUAUAUAUAUAUAUAUAUAUAUAUAUAUAUAUAUAUAUAUUGUCAUUAUUAAAAGAGAAUUUUAAAGGGACACCUAAUGAUUUUGCAUCAAAUUUUUUUUUUGUAAAAAAUUCAAAAUGUCUUCAUAUUGUAAAUGAACAAAAAUUCAUAUUGUAAAUGAACAAAAAUUUUGAUAAAUGGUGACCUAAAAAAAUAUGAAAAUUCAGAGUUAUAGGGAUAUAUAUACUUAGAGUGCUCUCUCUCUCUCUCUCUCUCUCUCUCUCUCUCUCUCUGUUUUUGUUGAAAAAUUGUGGUUAGAUAUUUUUCAGUUUAAAGGGCUUGUGUCUGAGGACUUAUCAGUAUUUUAACAUAGCCUUUUUGACAUUGUCAUGAAAGUAUGGCUAAAAAUGUAUUGUUGAUACUAGAACUACAGGCUGGUCACUUGUGUAUUGGAUUUAGUUCAUAAAAUGAGCAGCAUUCAGAGUAUAUCUUUGUGAAAAGCUUAGGUGUAAAUAUGUUUGUGCAUUUCAAAAUAGUUUUUGAAAUAUAUAAUAUAAAAUAUU